AUGCUCAUUCCAUUCAUUAGGAUCCAGAGUUCAGAGAAGCUAACCACCAAUAAGGUGAUUACCAACAUCCCCUCUCGCUCGUCUCGUCUGGAUCCUGUUUCUGACUCCGAGAUUAUCCUCAGCAUAUGGCGGACGCCUCCCCGCCCGUCCCGGGACCCGUGGCGGACCCGUCCCGCCUGUCCUGGGACUAGUGGCAGACGCCUGGUCGCCCGUCCAGGGACCUGCGGUGGGCCCAGCCUGCCCAUCCCGGGACGCGUGGAGGAUGCCUGCCCGCCCGUCCCGGGACCAAUGGUGGGCCCGGCCCACACAUCCCGGGAUGAGUGGCGGACACCUGCCCGCCCAUCCCGGGACCCGCGGUGGGCCCGUCCCUCCUGUCCCGGGACGCAUGGCAGAUGCCAGCCUGCCUGUCCCGGGACCAGCGGCGGGCCUGGCCCACCCGUCCCGGGACCUGCGGCAGGCCCGGCCCUCCUGUCCCGGGACGCAUGGUGGAUGCCUGUCCGCCCGUCCCGGGACCCGUGGCUGGCCCGGCCCACCCGUCUGUCCCGACUAGUGGCUGGACCGCCUGCCCGCCCGUCCUGGGAUGCAUGGCAGAUGCCUGCCCGCCCGUCCCGGGACCCGUGGCGGGCCCAACCCAGCUGUCCCGGGACCAGUAGCGGAUUCCUGCCCGCUCGUCCCGGGACCCGUGGCGUGCCCGGCCCGCCCGUCCUGGGAGGCAUGGCGGAUGCCUGCCGGCCCUGUCCUGGGACCCACGGCGGCCCGCCCGCCUGUCCCAAGCCCAUGUCCCCUGGGGACGCGUGGUCGGACGCCUGCCCGCCGACCUGGGACCCACGUCCGGCUCUGCCCUCCUUUCCCGGGACGCGUGGAGGACACCUGCCCGCCCGUCCUGGACCCGCCCGUCCCGUGACCUGCGGCAGGCCCGGCCCGCCCGUCCCGGGAUCAGUGGCGGACGCUGCCUGCCCGUCCCGGUACCCACAGCGGCCCGGCCUGCCCGUCCCACAACCAGUGGCGGACGCCUUCCUGCCCGUCCUGGGACAGGCGGGCCGGGCCUGCUGCCGGUCCCGCCUCUCAUCACACGCGGCGAUCCUGGCCUGCCCGGGACGUGUGGAGGACGCCUGCCCACCCGUCCCGGGACCUGCGGCGUGCCCGGCCCGCCCAUCCUGGGACCCACGGCGGGCCCGGCCUACCCAUCCCGGGAUGAGUGGCGGACACCUGCCCGCCCGUCCCAGGACCCGCGGCGGGACUGGCCCACCUGUCCCGGGACCCGCGGCGGGCCCAGCCCUCCUGUCCCGGGACGCAUGGCGGACACCUGUCCGUCCAUCCCGGGACCCGUGGCUGGCCCGGCUCGCUCGUCCCGGACAAGUGGCGGACGCCUGCCCGCCUGUCGCAGGACCCGUGGCUGGCCUGGCCCGUCUGUCCCGGGACCAGUGGCGGAAGCCUGCCCGCCCGUCCUAUGAUGCAUGGCAGAUGCCUGCCCGCCAGUCCCGGGACCCGCGGCGGGCCUACCCAGCUGUCCCGGGACCAGUGGCGGACACCUGCCUGCUCGUCCCGGGACCCGUGGCGGGCCCGGCCCGCCCGUCCCGGGAGGCGUGGCAGACGCCUACCCGCCUGUCCGUCCUGGGACCCACGGCGGGCCCAGCCCGCCUGUCCUGGGACCCGUGGAGGACACUGCCCGCCCGUCCUGGGACCAGCGGACGCGUGGCGGAUGCCUGCCCGCCCGUCCCGGGACCCGCAGCAGGCCCGGCCCGCCCGUCCUGGGACCAGUGGCGGACGCUUGCCUGCCCGUCCCGGCGGGCCGGGCCUGCUGCCGGUCCCGCCUCUCGGGACCCGCAGCGAUCCCGGCCUGCCAGGGACGAGUGGCUGACGCCUGCCCGCCCGUCCAGGGACCAGCGGCGUUCCCGGCCCGCCCGUCCCGAGGACCAGUGGCGGACACCUGCCCGCCCGUCCCGGGACCCGUGGCGGGCCUGGCCCGCCCGUCCUGGGACCAAUAGCGGACGCCUGCCUGCCCCUCCCGGGACCUGCAGAGGGCCAAGCCCGCCCGUCCCGGGACCAGUGUCGGACGCCUGCCCGCCCGGACCGCCAGUCCCGGGACGCGUGGCGGACGCCUGCCCGCCCGUCCCGGGACCCGCGGCGGGCCGGGCCCACCCUUCCUGGGCCCAGUGGUGUUAUGCCCUGCCCACCCCCCCGUCCCAGGACGGGCCCGUGGCGGACGCUUGCCCGCCCGUCCAGGGACCCGAGGCAGCCUGGCCUGCUCUUCCUGGGACCAGUGGCGGACGUCUGCCCGCCCAUCCCGGGUCCCGUGGCAGGCCUGGCCCUGCCCAUCCUGGGAGCAAAAGCAGACGCCUGCCUGCCCGUCCUGGGACCUGCGGCGGGCCUGGCCCGCCCGUCCUGGGACCAGUGGCGGACGCCUGCCUGCCCGUCCUGGGACCCACGGAAGGCCCGGCCAACCCGUCCCGGGACCAGUGGCGGAUGCUUGCCUGCCCGUCCCGGUACCCACGGCGGGCCCGGCCCGCCUGUCCUGUGACCAGGGCGGACGCCUUCCUGCCCGUCCUGGGACAGGCGGGCCAGGCCUGCUGUGCCGGCCCGUCUCUCGGGACAGCGCGGCGAUCCUCGCCUGCCCGGGACGUGUGA